AUGUCCCAAUCACAAGGAAUGUCCCUUUCAACCCCUUUCGACACAGGUUCUUUAUACAGACCACAAACAAACGACACAGCCAUGGACUCCUCCGCGAACUCCAUCUACUCUGAAAAAGCCGCCCUCCUGUAUCCCUCCGAGGACGGCUCGCACCCAGGGUUCGCCCCGGAACAAACUCUUUCUCGCGGUCUGCAAGUCCCCUCCAAAACCUACCGUCUCACAUCUGGUUUCGAAUACCCCACUGUACUAUCAAAAUACAACGUGUCUCAAGAAGACUGGACGCAAUUCACACGCGAAAUCACAGAGAGCGCAAAAAUGUCGUCGCAACAAUGGAGGACCGUGAUAGGCCUGGGCAUUGGCACCAUGGCUAUCGGCGGUAUAAUGGUUGGAUUCUUCGGUGCCAUACCAGCUAUGAUGGUAGCGAAACGGAAACGCGCGAACAAUGAGAGUCGGAACUUGGCUGCCGCAAUGGGUGUAUCGCCGUCAUUAUCAUCAUCAGCAAAAGGAACAGAAGAGCGAGAUGGUGAAGAUGAACGUGAAUCUUCGCUUGCUUUUCAGAUCAAUCAGUGGAACGAGACUUUCUUCAAACCUCGCGGCUUGCUUAUUCGCAUCGACAUGCCGUAUGAUGAUGCGGCGUUGGAGGAUAAACUAGAUGUCAGCGUCAAUAGUUCGCCGAACUCAUCCCGGAAGGGUUCCGUGUCGUCGAUAGAAAAGGAAGACCGUGAGAAGGCCAGGUGGAAGGCUCGCGAGCGAUGCCGAAUUGUUAUCAUUCCAACGAAUCGGGACACUGAUACUUUGAGCCAGGCGACAACUUUGGCGUCAGAAAGCCCAUAUAUCCCCGCUGUUUACGAAUGA